AUGGACGUGCAUGAGGCCUUCGGCGCCUUGCGUGACCUGCUGGCCCGGUUUGACCCGCAGAAGACCAACCUAAUCCCCACGUGCCAGUUGCGCCAAGUGUUGUGCCGGGUUUUGCCGAAGCAGGCCGAGGACUGGGAGAUUCUCUUGCAAGACUUCGCCGUGGGCUCUUCCACCGAUUAUCAGGCAUUUCUUGCAUCCCUGCAAUCCGCGGCGGCAUCGCAACGCAGCGCCCCCGUCGAGGCCCCGAGCCCGAGCCUGCAGGAGACGCAGGAGCAGCUCCAGGCUCUCCAGCGCGUCCUCCGGCGACAGCCCUUGGAGUUCACGGUGGGUCAGUAUAACAUCCUGGCCGGCUACAUGGGAAGCAACAUGGAGCCUUGGUUUUUGUACGGUGUAGACAUGCCUCCGGAACGAAGGAAAGAGAUUCUCAGGUUGCACGGGGAAAGGCUCCCAGAUGGAAAGCCGGCCAACCCAGGAUGGCCCAACUAUGUGAAGGGCGUUCUGACGCCGGAGGAGAUUCAAACUGUGGAGGAGACACACCACCGUUGCUUCGCGUGGGAGGUGCGAAAGGACCGUCUGCUCGACCAGAUCCGUGAGAUGGACUGCGAUUUGCUGUCUCUGGUGGAGUGCGACCACUACGACGACCACUUCCGGCCGGCGCUGGAGAAGUUGGGCUACGACUCCACCUGGCGCAAGCGGCCUCGACCGACAAGCGACGACGGUUGUUGCGUGGCAUGGCGGCGCUGCUUGUUUGACCUGGUGCAGGCAACGGCGGUUGAGUUUGUCGACAAGCUCUGCCCUGUUCGGCAAAAGGUCUUCAAGGACCGCAUCGCUGUGGUGGCGCUCUUGCAGUCCAAGAUCACCGGGCAGAAGGUCAUCUUGGUUUCUACGCAUCUCCAGCGCAACCCCGAAGAUCCCAAGCAGGACAUGCUACGGGCUCGGCAGGUUGGUCAGGUGCUACGGGUGCUGGCCGACUUUGUGUACUCCUUCCCACCUUCCUCGGGGGUCGCAGAGGCACCCGUGAUCCUGACCGGGGACCUGAACUGCACCUCCUUCGGCCGGCUUCGUGGAGUUGCCAACACUAUCUCUCUGCUUAACCGGGAGGUGCGGCUUCACCCCUUCACCUUCGACUGCUCUGAUGCACCCACGGGAGUUACGAGUGUCACCAUGGCCCGAUGCAUGCGGAUUGAUGCCAUUCUCUACCAAGCGCAGUGUUUGGAGCUGGUGGAUGUCCACGAGAUCCCAGACAUCUCUUUGGAGCAGCCGAUCCCCAGUGAUGAGCAGCCAUCCGAUCAUGUGCCCAUCGUGGCACAGUUCCGGUGCAGGAGCAAGUUGCACACAUCGCGGCAGCUGGCGCGUGAGUGGUUCCGCAACAUGGCGGGCAAAGAGUCCCAGGUUCCCUUGAAUCAGCGGCAGCUGGACAGUGCCUUCAAGCUUUACGACUACGACGGCACUGGCAGUGUCUCCCUAGCCAACCUUCGGAAGGUUCUUGGACAGCUCUUUGACAUCCUGCCCGAUGCUGCAGAGGAGGUUCUAAAGCGCGUCCCAGAAGAGAUGUCGCACAAAGACUUCGUAGAGUUGUACUUGGGAGCAGUGAAAUCAGCUGGCCUGCCAGGUCUAGAAGAUCUGCGAGAGGCGUUUGCGCUGUUCGACAAGGACAACAGCGGCGCCUUAGACCUGCAGGAGCUCCUGGCUGCCUUCGAGGAGUGUGCUCCAGCCAGCAUUCAACCUGAGACGAUCACCGCACUUUUCGAUGCCAUGGACGCCAAUGGCGAUGGCACGGUGGACCUGGAAGAGAUGAUUGCCUUCCUGGCCAAGACUUGGGCAGACUCUUUCCGCCUCUUAUAG